AUGGUACGAAAAUGGCCUUUUCGCCAACUUGACGUGAAAAAUGCCUUCCUUCAUGGACGACUCAAAGAGACUGUCUAUAUGCAGCAACCUCCGGGUUUUGAAGACUCUAAUGCACCAAAUCAUGUUUGUCUACUCCAAAAGGCCAUCUACGGGCUAAAGCAAGCACCAAAGGCAUGGUUUCAAAGGUUUAGUGAAGCUCUUCUUCACUUAGGAUUCCUUGGAAGCCAUGCCGAUUCAUCUUUGUUUGUUCAUCGGCAUAAAGGUGAUAUUGUGAUUUUGCUGCUAUAUGUUGAUGAUAUCGUUAUAACUGGGAACAAUCUCAUGCUUUUGCACACCCUCAUUUCCCAGUUGCGUACUCACUUCGCUAUAAAAGAUAUAGGCAGUCUCCACUUUUUCUUGGGCAUUGAAGUUGUCCCAUAUACAGAUGGAAUCUAUCUUAGUCAAGUGAAGUAUGCAAAUGACAUUCUCAAACGGACCAUGAUGCACUGUGCUAGAGCAAUCCAUACGCCAUUGUCGCAGAAAAAUGAUUUUCAUGUCGCAACUGGAUCCCCUGUUGAUGCAUUUGAUUAUCGAAGUAUAGUUGGAGGACUUCAGUAUCUUACACUGACACGCCUUGAUCUUACUCAUGCUGUCAAUCAAGUGUGUCAAUUUAUGCAAGCUCCUACAACUACACACUGGCAAGGAGUGAAACGUAUUCUUCGGUACCUCACAGGGACUAUAAACUUUGGCCUUCGCAUCACUUCGCGAUCCUCCUUACAAGUUGUUGGCUUCUCAGAUGCCGAUUGGGAAGGUUGUGCUAUCACUCGUCGAUCAACAACAGGACUUUGUGUGUUCUUAGGAACUAAUUGCAUCUCCUGGUCAUCUAAGAAACAACAUACUAUGUCAAAAUCCAGUGCUGAAGCUGAGUAUCGCGCCCUAGCUUCACUUGCAGCGGAAAUCACAUGGAUCCUUCAUUUGUUGCAACACCUUGGCGUAUCUCUUGCAUCUCCUCCGGUCCUUUAUUCCGACAAUAUCAGUGCUUUGCACCUCACAAGUAAUCCUAUUCUCCAUGCUCGCACAAAGCAUGUUGAACUAGACUACCAUUUUGUAAGGGAAAAAGUUACAGUUGGUGCGAUGAUCACUAAAUAUGUUCCAUCUGCAACUCAAGUGGCUAACAUUUUCACGAAGGCCUUGACGAAGCAGCAAUUUCAGUUUUUACGCAGCAAGCUUGGAGUUGUCUCCCUACCAACGUCCAGCUUGAGGGGGAAUGAAAGUGAGUUCCACAAGGAGUAG